AUGUCUUCAGCUCUCACAAGCUCCUCACUCUCCCUCCCAAACACGGCACCCGAGCCUGAACACCAGCGCGGGCUCGAACACAACAAGCGAACUGCUUCACCUAGACGGUAUCCCAGAUAUUCACAACUGAGAAAAAUGUAUAGAACUAUAUAUGUAGAACCUGGUUGUGUCUGGAUUCCCAGGUUCUCAAUCCAAUCCCAGGACACAACAGGCGAGCGUCAUCAUGAUCGUGUUAUGCAGGUGGCUGCUCCAUCACCCAGCAACGCGGUAACCAAGGGAACACGGCCUUGCUCGUCUAGAUGGCGGGAGGUAAUGCGGAGUACGAAGGAGUGGUAUAGUGUUUAUUUUCGAUAUGAGGUAGGAUAUAAGGUGGGACGGGGGAUGCCCAACGAGAAAGGAGUUAUUAAUUGGACUCCGAUACUCCGCACUGGAGAUAUUUAUGCUGGCGAUGCAGGGUCGCGAGCUAGCUAUGGCGUGUCAUUGCAUACGCAGCAUACACGGGGGAGAUUGACCGAUGUGAUGGGUGUUGUUCCGAGAGUUACAAACGCUGGGCAAAUCAUAUCAAUAUUGAUAUAG